AAACAACUGACACAAAUUGACAAAAUCCUUCCGAUCCAUUCGAAAAAUGUUGACUUAAAAAAAUUCCAAUAAAAACGUUUUGUCACUAGUGUUUUUGUAGGCAUUGUAUUAUUUACAUUUUGUAUCAGUUUGUACGUUUGUAUUGAAGUAGUUGGCGUAAAUUUAUGUAUAGAGAUAUGUUGAUCAGCCGGGUGCCUGAGGAUGGGGCAGGGGAAGGGCGGGCAGAACCGCGGGAGGACAAUUCGCACGAGUAUGAUACGGCGACCGAGCUAUUUGAACUUAUAGCGAAGAACAGUUUCAUUCCCAACAAUGAAUCACUAACAAAGAGCGAAUUAGUGAUUCUGUACAAAAACAUUGAUUUGGGAUCCCGACUAAUGCCAAACCCAAACCAACACAAGGCCCCCACACGUGUCAAUCAGCGAGUGGAGACUAUAGUCCACGCUGGGGAAGACAUGGACUCAGACGUUUCCGAAAUAGAUGACGUCAUCAGCAGUCAGGACCUCCCCCCCACAGACAUAUACCUCAUCAACAAAGAAAGACUCGAUCUCCUUAACAACCCACCAUCGUUAGAAAAUACUCUGUGCCACAAAUUUGGCGACUUAGAAAUCAAAUUGUCCACCAUCGGAACAGACAUUCUCUUCAAGUCCACAACGAUCAAAGAACAACUCGAUAAUUUAAAGCUCAUGUCUAGUACUAAUGAUCUAAACAAUACAGUACUCCCUUCAUCGUUGCUGGACUACAUUUGUUGCAAACGUUUAGAAGAAAACUAUACAUUUUAUAUGGAAAACAUUAUUAGAUACGUAAAACAUACCAUUGAUCAACUGAAGCGAAUCAGCAACGGGGAUUAUUUAACAGAAAAGGCUAAAGAGAAAUGGAGAGAAAUAACCAAAGAAGAAAGGGUCGAUGCUGACUCAAAUAAAAAAAUACUGGCAGCAUCCACCAGUAUACCGUUACACGUAGAACGGAAGAGCACGGGCAGGACCAUCACGUGGGAUGACAUAGUCCAUUCUGAGAUGGAUAUAAGAUCGCUGUCUAAAAUAUUAGAGAAGAAAAUUAUCUUAGAAGUACCUAAAAUAAUUUGCGGUUCAUAUAAGCUGUUCAGUAAACAUUGUUCGGAUAAUCUGAUUAUAAGCUGCGGGAAAAAAGCGCUGUCUAAGAAAAUCGUGAAGAAAGAUCCGAGGGUCGACGUGGUGCUGAAACUGAAGAGGUCAAGAUCGGGACACGUCGUCAGUAAUAUAAAUUCGAUAAUGAUCUUGCAGACAUCACCAAGUUUAACUCACAAGCCAAUUAUAGCACUUCCAGUUUCAGAGAAAAAGCAAAAUGUUCAAAAAAUUAUAGAGUUGAAUGAUGAAACUGAAGAAGCAAAUAAAAGCACGGAGACCGACACAACUACAGAACAUGAAGAGAUAUCAUCUAGUCCCACGAGAAAUCCUUUCACAUAUAGCGAAUGCAGCCCUCAAGAAAAAAGUGAUACUAGUGUUCCGCUCAGAGAUAUAUACAACGUUAGAUGUGGGAAUUAUAACCAUUACCAGGAAGCUGCUUUCGUAACCACUCCUGACGAACUGUCUUUAUCUAUGCAAAGACUGGACAUACAAAGUUCGCUCCCAGAAGAAAGUACCGAAGAUUAUCGUGAUUCUUCAAUGGCCAGAAAAAAAUCACCAUCAAGAAUUCGAAUAAAGUCUCCAUAUGAGAACAAAUCUCAUUUGAUUGACGAGAAAAAGAGAAAAAGGCUUCUCGAGAUUCGUGAGAGGCGUGAGAAAAAGAAAAUGGCAUUGAGCGAGUCAUGUAAGAUCAUGAAGCAUCGACACGGCAAAGGCACUCUGACGCCGCAAGCGUCGAGCUCUGUAACCAAACUGUCUAUUACCAACAAAUCCUUCUACAAUUCUAUUUAUGGGCAUUCUGUUUCUGUUGACAUUAAACAAAAGAACAAGUUUCGGAGACUCAGAACGAAUGAUGGUGAAGAUCAAUGUAACGGGGAAGCAGACGUGCAAACCCCAAUAGAUAAAAGUAAGAAGUAUACGAACAAGACGUAUUACUUGGACGAAACUGAGACGGAAAUGAUGUAUAUGCAGAAGAAGAGAGAAGAAUGCGGGCUCUCGGCUUCUACGUCCUCUGGCUUGACGGCAGAACUAACUGCGAAUUUAUCGAAUAUGUCCCAGCAGUUUAUACCAUCUGUCGCUGAUUUUAAUGACAUCAAAAAUACUCCAGUAUCACCUGAAUCCAGUAAUUACCCUGCAGAAGUAGAAAAAUCAGAGACAUCGCCUUCACCAAUACCCGACGAUGGUGUUAUAGGGUCUGAUAUAGAUGCUGUGGACAAAAGCGACCACGACAUAGUGCCCACUAACAGUCCCACUCGUUUCUCUUCCGGAAACAAACAUACAACACCCAACACAUCGAGUCUUGAAUGCAGAAAGAGCAUUGAAAAACUGUACAACUUAUUAAAAAACAUAGGGAAACCAAAUCCUGGUGAAAAAAAUUCAAACAAAGUGUGCAGUCCUGGAUCUUUCACAGCUGAUCCUACGACAUUCCGCGAGAGUUCCGACAUACAAGGCAGCGACAGCGGGACCAGCUUGAAGCACCAUCUAACUUGCUCUGAAACCAGUACCUUCAGCUUCCACAAUAAGCCUAACAACAACGUCUCUACUUCAUACGAAGUUAUACCGCAAAUGCAAAAUAGAUCGACUGAAGUGGAAACAAGUGUGGUCCCCAAAGUUAUCAUCAGCACGAAAUGUCAGACGGCUAAGCCUGAAGCCGAGAAACGUAAAAAAGACCAUAAAAGGGUUUGCUUUAUGGCGCCAAAAGUAAUCCCCGAUAAUCCUUUGAAAGCCAUUUCUCAGUUGCUUCACGAGUUUGAUAAUGCGCAGAAAAAUCGUCAUAAAAGUGCGGAAGAGCGUCCGGCUUCUAAGUCCAAGAAGUAUGAGAGUAAUGCGGGCGGGGACAAAAUUGUGAGGCAAAGCCUUGUUAAAGCCCGAUCUAGAUUGGACCAACAUUUGAAGACAGUUGAACCAAUGGCGCCAAAAGUUGUCAUAACUAGAGAUAGAAGGCCGCCAGCCACCGAGACGAGUCGUCUGCCUCACGAGAAGUUCUACGAAAAAAUUGUUAAUAAAAAAAAGAUGAAUGAAAUAAUUGAUGAGGUGAAAGAAGCGAGGGGCGAGGCGGUGCGCGGGCCCCCCAAAAGCUCUAGGCUCAAUACGUUGGCACAGCCAAAGAAGUCUUAUGUGCAGGCUCACAGCGAAGAGUAUCAGACAAAGUACGGACGCAACCUCAUGGCUGACCGGUUGCAGCGUCUGGCCGCUGCUUCGCCUCCAACUGAGAAGUACACUUCAUUCCAGCGAGCGAAGCAAAAGCGAAUGGGAAACGACGCCGCCUCUACGGUGUCAGUCAAGCCCGCCCCUCCGGCUCCCCCUAUAGACAGUUGUGGCAAGGCGCGGCGCUCGACAAGCAGCAGCCCCGCCAGCAAGAGGAGCCCCGACCGCAAACACAGCAUCGACUGCAAGCAAAGUAUCGACCGCAAGCAAGUUAUCGACCGCAAGCAAAGCAUCGACUGCAAACCAAAUACGGACCGCAAGCGAAGCCCCGACAUCCGCCAAGAUGCAGUCAAGCGGACAGCGCCUGAGGUUCCAGAGACAUUGAAAGAAAAAAUGGUAGCAGUGGAGUCGUAUGUGAAAAACCAUUACGGUCGCACCGCUUCCGUGAGUCCGGGCGAGUUGCGGGUAGCGAGGAAAUCAAGAGUGCCGCUUUUACCUUGCGAUAUGGAAGCUUCAAUCACACCGAGCCCGCCAAACGAGGAGUCUACAACAAUUGGAAGCCAACUUCAUAACAUCAUUGACACAAUGAUGAAAUCACAAGGCCCGACACUUGCUCCUCUUUCUGAAUGCGUUGAGGAGAAAAACACGAAUGAGGUGUACAUAGAAGAUGAUUUAUCAAAAAAUGAAGAUCGCUUAAUGCCCUUUAACUCCUAUCAUAGUGGUCUCUUCAAAGAUAAUAUUCAUACAGCUGUUGAAGAUUGUCAGGGUAAAUUUGAAAUUGUAGGAAGUACUGCAGAUCUAAAUGUAAAGCAUGACCUAAGACAGUACAGUUCAUCGAUCGAAUUGCAAAGACUGGAAAGUGCAUUAUAUCGUCAAAUGUCUAUUGGAAAUUUACAAAAACGGUUACGAAUAAAAAAUUUGACCAUAACCCCUAAACAGUCUUUACAACAUGUGGUGGUGGUGCAAUCGGGAGAUGUAGGCUCUGUUGUGCUAAAAUCGUCGAUAUCGCAAAACUUCGAACUGAAAAAGUAUUCAUAUACAAAUAAUAUGUCAGAGCUGAACAAAACUAUACCCAUAUUGACGAACCCUGAUAUGACCUGGCGUAACAGUCCAAUACCAAUGCAAAUUUCGACUAUUGGUUACGCUUUUCCACAGUAUCAUGUUUCUAAAGCCAGAGCAAAAAACCUAAAGUCUUUACCAGAUCAGAACAAGAAUGAAAAUCAAAGGGAAUCAUCGUAUAGCGAUAACACCAAGUCGAAUAAAUCGUACUUGCAAAAAGACUACACCUGCCAAACCUUUAAAGGGCAGCUAUCAACUCAAGCCUUACGAACCACUCCUCCCUGCAGCGAGACCAGAGGAACGACUUGCGAUGAUGAAAUUAGUGGCUUAUUUGAAAGAGAUGACCUUGCAUUACUGUCGAAUCCUGAAAAGAAUUCAAGGAAGAAGAAUACACGUGAUAAUAGUACAUUACACGAAAAAUACGAAGGUAUAAACACGUUACCUGAUGAAAACAAAAACAAUAUUCCAAAAAUGGAGGAAGUCAAGCUAGGCGACAUUGAAAACUCAACCUCUCUAGAUAUGCUUGUAGGAUUAUUGAAUGAGAUUCAAAAAAUUACUCAGGCACAGGUGUUAAACCUUACGGAAAGUUCGCAAUGUAGACAGCUGGAGACUAUGUUGAACAAUGCUGCUACUUUAGAAAAUUGUGCAAAAGACCAACCUGAGGAAUUAGUUACGAUCAGCGCUCUAGACAGGUCAAGGAUUCUGGAUUCUAGCCCUAGCUGUUGUUCCUUCUACGGUGUAAAUAAUGAAAAGCUCUAUUUAAAGGAUAAUGAAACCGAAAUGUCUGAUGUAAUAUUCGCUAAGGAUUUGCCCAAAAAUAGAACAAAUUACGUUGACAAGGAAGUAUCCGUCGACGUGUCCGAUAGACAAUACCUAAACACAUUUACUAAUGUACCAUCAAGAUUUUUGUCUUUCCCUAUUACUAUAAAUACAAGCACCAGUAUCUCUAAUUCUCUCGUGGGUGUAUUGAGCGAACCUUCCGAUCAGUCAAUGUUCUCUUGUAAAGAUAUUGUAUACGUCGAUUCUUUGGCUCAUUCCCAGAAUAAAAUUCUAGAGUUAGAUGAUCAUAUUGAUGCUCCUUUUAUUUCCCACGAAGUAAUUAACAAUGAAAUUAUUACAAUUGAUGAGAUGCCUAAAUUUAACGUUGGAACUUUAGAAAGUGUAGCAGAAGAAAUUGAGACGAUUGAAACUAAAAAGUCGAAACUUGUGGAGUUUAGCGCGGCGAAGCAGGAGUUGGAUCCCCUACUGAAGUUUAAGCGAGAUAUCUUGGUGACUGUGUAUUCUGUGCUCGUGCUGACUGUGUUCGCAGCGUUGUCCUUCCCGGACUUGAUGUAUCACACGGACUUGUGAUCGUUGGUGCUCGCGAAAUUUUGUUGUUAAUGUUGUUUUUGGUUAUUUAUUAAGAAAUAUACAAGUUUAUUUGCCUUGA